AUGUCUGCCAUCACCUUCUCCGCCCGUGAGAUGGAAGUCCUCGCUCUCGCCUGGCAGUGCAUGGAGCAGCAGCCCAAGGUCAGUAUCUCUCCACCUCGCACCUCCACGUCGACUCGACUCGCACCCACGCCCCUCUUCCUCUCCCACACGCAUACUAACCCACUCCAGAUCGACAUGAAUAAACUCGCCUCCCUCACCGGCUACACCCCCGGCUCCGCCGCCGUCACCUUCGGUAACAUCAAGCGCAAGAUCAAGCUGCUAGGCGAAGGCCUCGCCGCCGACGGUCCCGCAACCCCCAAGAAAGGCGCAGGUGCAGGCCGUCCCAAGGCGUCCGCAACCCCCAAGAAGCGCGGCACCUCCACCGCCGCCGCUGACGACGAGUCGCCCACCAAGCGCGCGAAGAAGACCUCCUCGGCCAAGAAGACCCGCAAGGACGACGAGGAUGAGGAUGACGAGGACUUUGCACCCAAGGUCAAGAAGGAGGAGUUGGCGGAUCUCAAUCAGAGCGCGAACGACUUCUAUGGUCAGCUGCAGGGUGCGGCGCAGGCUGAGUUCGAACAGUCGUUUUGA